AUGGGUGAUGACAUUGAGCUUUCCUUUGAUGACACAUUUGAGGAUCAUUCGGUUGACUCUGAUCAUACUCCUUCAAGGUCAAACUCUCUGAAAAAAAAACCAUUAUCAACAGACAGUCAGAGAAGAAAAGAAAAACGACGAUCAAAGCUCUGGUAUGAAAAAUCUAGUGCACAGGCUCAAAGUGAUAGUGAACAAAGCACAGGAACUCAAGAAACUAUCCCGACCGCAAUUGUUAUAAAAAAUAUUCCAUUCUCUAUAAAACGAGACGCGCUAUUAGCCAUUCUU